GCGACGGCGGCGGCGGCGGCGGCGGCUGAGUAGGAGGUAGCGGCUGAGCCCGAGCCCCGUGCGUCUGUCCGCGUCCCGUGGAUGCGAAUCGGCCGCGGCGGAGGCGGAGGCGGAGUCGGUGGGCCGGCGCCGGGCCUGUGGGAGCGCGGAGGAUGAGGCCGCUGCCGGGCGCUCCUGGCGUGGCGGCGGCCGCCGCGCUGUUGCUGCUGUUGCUGCCCCGGGCCCGAGCGGACGAGCACGAACACACGUAUCAAGAUAAAGAGGAAGUUGUCUUAUGGAUGAAUACUGUUGGGCCCUACCAUAAUCGCCAAGAAACAUAUAAGUACUUUUCACUUCCAUUCUGUGUUGGGUCAAAAAAAAGUAUCAGCCAUUACCAUGAAACUCUGGGAGAAGCACUUCAAGGAGUUGAAUUGGAAUUUAGUGGUCUGGAUAUUAAAUUUAAAGAUGAUGUGAUGCCAGCCACUUACUGUGAAAUUGACUUAGAUAAAGAAAAGAGAGAUGCAUUUGUUUAUGCUAUCAAAAAUCACUACUGGUACCAGAUGUACAUAGAUGACUUACCAAUAUGGGGUAUUGUUGGUGAAGCAGAUGAGAAUGGAGAAGAUUAUUAUCUGUGGACCUACAAAAAACUUGAAAUUGGUUUUAAUGGAAAUCGAAUUGUUGAUGUUAAUCUAACUAGUGAAGGGAAGGUGAAACUGGUUCCAAAUACAAAAAUACAGAUGUCUUAUUCAGUAAAAUGGAAAAAGUCAGAUGUAAAAUUUGAAGAUCGAUUUGACAAGUAUCUUGAUCCAUCUUUUUUUCAACAUAGGAUCCAUUGGUUUUCAAUUUUUAACUCCUUCAUGAUGGUGAUCUUCUUGGUGGGCUUAGUUUCGAUGAUUUUAAUGAGAACUUUAAGAAAAGAUUAUGCCCGGUAUAGUAAAGAAGAAGAGAUGGAUGACAUGGAUAGAGACCUAGGAGAUGAAUAUGGAUGGAAGCAGGUUCAUGGAGAUGUAUUUAGACCGUCAAGUCACCCACUGAUAUUUUCCUCUCUCAUUGGUUCUGGGUGUCAGAUAUUUGCAGUAUCUCUCAUUGUUAUUAUUGUUGCAAUGAUAGAAGAUUUAUAUACAGAGAGGGGGUCAAUGCUCAGUACAGCCAUAUUUGUCUAUGCUGCAACAUCUCCAGUGAAUGGUUAUUUUGGAGGAAGUCUGUAUGCUAGACAAGGAGGAAGGAGAUGGAUAAAGCAGAUGUUUAUUGGGGCAUUUCUGAUCCCAGCUAUGGUGUGUGGCACUGCCUUCUUCAUCAACUUUAUAGCCAUUUAUUACCAUGCCUCAAGAGCCAUUCCUUUUGGAACAAUGGUGGCUGUUUGUUGCAUUUGCUUUUUUGUUAUUCUUCCUUUAAAUCUUGUUGGUACAAUUCUUGGCCGAAAUCUGUCAGGCCAGCCUAACUUCCCUUGUCGAGUCAAUGCUGUGCCUCGUCCUAUACCAGAGAAAAAAUGGUUUAUGGAGCCUGCAGUUAUUGUUUGCCUGGGAGGAAUUUUACCUUUUGGCUCAAUCUUUAUUGAAAUGUAUUUCAUCUUCACCUCUUUCUGGGCAUAUAAGAUCUACUAUGUCUAUGGCUUCAUGAUGCUGGUGCUGGUCAUCCUGUGCAUUGUGACUGUCUGUGUGACCAUCGUCUGCACAUACUUCCUGCUAAAUGCAGAGGACUAUAGGUGGCAAUGGACAAGUUUUCUCUCUGCUGCAUCAACUGCGAUCUAUGUUUACAUGUAUUCCUUUUACUACUAUUUUUUCAAAACAAAGAUGUAUGGCUUAUUUCAGACAUCAUUUUACUUUGGAUAUAUGGCCGUAUUUAGCACAGCCUUGGGGAUAAUGUGUGGAGCAAUUGGUUACAUGGGAACAAGUGCCUUUGUCCGAAAAAUCUAUACUAAUGUGAAAAUUGACUAGAGAUGCAAAAAACCUGGAACUUUGGAUCAAUUUCUCUUUCAUAGUGGUGGAACUUGCACAGCAAAAAAGGAAAGCGCAAGAAGAGAUUUGGGCUUAUUAACACUGGGUACACUGUGGGUCUCUCUUUCAUGGAUGGCUUAAAGUAACAUCUAUUUCCAUUGAUCCUAGGUUCUUACUGACUGCUUUCUCCAACUGUUCACAGCAAAUGCUUGGAUUUUAUGCAGUAGGCAUUACUACAGUACAUGGCUAAUCUUCCCAAAAACUAGCUCAUUAAAGAUGAAAUAGACCAGCUCUCUUCAGUGAAGAGGACAAAUCGUUUAUUUAAAGCAUUUGUUCCAAUAUAAAUAAACAAGAGGAAAACUUGGAUGCUAAAAGUACAUGACUAGAAAUCUUCCUGGCACUUAGUAUUUCUGUGUUGUUGAAAAAUGAUGUUCCAGAAAGAUUACCCUUUUAUUUUUACUGCCAUUGUUGACCUAUUGUGGGACAUUUUUAUAUAUUGAAUCUGGGUUCUUUUUUGAUCUGUUAUUGGUUGUCCAUGCCCCGCACCCCACACCCCGCACCCCAACACAACUGCAUCCUUUUUUUAAAAAAGGAAAAAAGAAAAAAAAGAAAAGAAUUUAGCCAAGUUAAAUUCUGCAUGUAAUAUAUCUGCUGCCAUCUUAGUCAGACCAACUUUCCAUUUAUUUAUCUUAAAAUUAUCCAAUUACAUCUUAAUUCCAUCCAAAGAUACAGUUUGAAGAUAGAUGUGUAUUCUCUAUAUGCAAUUUACUGUACAGUUAGAAAGCAAAGUGUUAAAUGGAGAAGGUACUUGUUUUUAUUAAACAUUUUUGAGAUUUAGAUAAACUACAUUUUAACUGAGUAUCUAAAGUGAUUAGCCCCUCACCCCCCAGUUAGUCUCACCUCUUUUUUUGGGGGGGGGGGUUUGAAUGAAGGCUUUACAUGAGAAAUUAUUAAAAACAAGGGGGGUGGGUAAUAAAUGUAUAUAACAUUAAAUAAUGUAACGUAGGUAUAGAUUCCCAACUGCAUUUGGAUGUACACACUGACUAGGGGAGUACUUUUUUCUGAUGAUGAUUGGUAUAGAAAUGUGUGGAUUUGGGUGGCUUUUUACAUCUUGCCUACCAUUGCAUGAAACAUUGGGGUUUCUUCAAAAUGUGUGUGUCAUACUUCUUUUGGGUGGGGGGUGUUUUAUUCUGUUUCUUUUGUGAGACUCAUACAGGAGCUAAAUUUGUAAUUUAGAAACAUUUAAUUUUGUUAAUCCUGUCUAGGACAUUUAAGUAACAUCUAAAGCAUUACUGCUUUAGAAUGUUCAAAUAAAAUUUCCUGACCAAAUUGUUUUGUGAAAUUAGAUGUGUUUCCAAUUUGAAGAUAACUGUCCAAAAGGCACUAUUACAGAGUCCCACUUAUUUACUUAACACAUUAAAAAAUGUGCUUUUGAAUACAAAGGACCCAUAUACUAAUGUCCCCCAGAUUACCUACAUCUAAAUUAUCCAGCACAAUGACAGAGAGUGAGAAGCCCUUGAAUAAAAUUCUAGCACCAAGUCUCAACAAGCUGGUGUUCUGUGAGUGGUGCAGGCACAGGUGGUUAGCUCCUUUAUUGGGUGAACAAAUAGAGGCUGCUGUUCUCUAAAAGAAAUAAUUUUCACUUUGAAUGCAUUUUUCUGGAACUGUCUAUAAUGUGAAGUUUCUCUAAAACCAUUGUGUUUCUGGUUUAAUAGUUUGCUAUGCAAAUGAUCACUUAAACCAAUACCAAACAUUGGUGUUUUUAGAAAAACAUCACCAUUACUGAACCUUAGUGAACUUCAUGCCAUUAAUAGUUAGUAAUGGACUCCAUAUUCUGUAGUGUGGCACUUAAGCCUUAUGAAGGGUGAAAAGUUUGAUUUAUGACCACUUAGAUAUGGCUAGUAUGAGCAAACAGAAAUUUGAUCAGAAAUCUGUAGGUAUACACUUCAAGCCAGAAUGUUACAUUAAACAUUAUCUAUUGGUUCUUCCAUUUCCUUACCUAAAUUUAUGAUCUUGGAAACGACUAAAACUCACUAUCUUAAUUGCUUAUAUUGUGUAACUUUGAACAUAUAAAAUACUUUUAACAGGAAAACAUACUAGUCUAUUUAAUGGGGUAUAAAUUGGGACUGCAGGAGUUUUUUGUCUUAAUAAAAUAGUAGUUUUUCAUGCUAUGACUCUUGAAGGUAAGAUGAAGGGUUUUUAAAGACUAUCUUAGUUAUUUUCAGGUGAGCCAAUCCUGCCUAUUAAGUCGAGUUUUACUUGAUGGAAUCUAUUGUU